AUGCAGCUCUUCACAUUCUUUUCUUCGAUCAUUACUGUCUUCAUUUUCAUCCAUUCGUGUCAAGCAUUAUACAAUCCGAGUUCAAAGUCUAAUAUUGCUCUAUACUGGGGCCAGGGAGCGGGCCAGCAGCGCCUUUCUUAUUUCUGCGCAAAAUCCACAGUCGACGUUAUACCAAUUGCGUUUGUGAAUAUCUUUCCUGCCCAAGGAAAUGGGUUUCCGGGAACAAACUUCGGAAAUCAAUGCUGGGGCCCUCCGUAUGUCUAUCCCGGACCGGGCAACAAUCCAACCUUGAACCAGCUCCAGUCUGAGUGCCCGAAUUUGGUCGCAGAUAUUCCGAUUUGCCAAGGCACCUACUCGAAGAAGAUUGUUCUGUCUUUAGGAGGUGCAUCUCAAACAUACCAACUUACAGGCGCCUCUGACGGGGUUGCCUUUGCAGAUUUUCUUUGGGGAGCUUUCGGGCCGCAAACUCCAUCAUGGCCAGCAAGUGGUCAACCACGACCCUUCGAUGGACCCAACGGCCAAGAAGUUGAAGUCGAUGGCUUUGAUUUCGAUAUUGAGAUGCCCUCAACUGCCAAUAUAGCUGGCUACAUUGCCAUGGCAUCAAGACUUCGCACUCUAUUCAAAAGAGCAAGCAAGCCGUAUCUGCUUACAGGUGCUCCCCAAUGCAUUGCACCUGAUGCGAACAUGGGCGCUUUGAUGAAAGCCGUGGCGUUUGAUAUCAUUUGGGUUCAAUUCUAUAACACACCCCAAUGUUCAGCACGCAGCUGGAUCACGGCGAAUCCCAACCAUGUUGACGGGAAACCUGAGGUCACGAGUGGAUUUGGGUACCACAGUUGGACGACCUUUCUUGACGGAACUGCAAGUAAGGCGGCAAAGCUUUAUAUUGGGGUGCUUGGAGCUCCCGAUGCCAGCAACUACUACCUCAGUCUAAACGAACUCUCCAGUCUGGUCGAUGUGUGCUACUGCGAUGGGAGAUUUGGUGGGGUGAUGAUCUGGGAAGCAACCACUGCGGACACUAACGCAGCAGGACCAUACUACUCAGCAGUGAAGAGUAUUCUGACGGGAUACGACUCAAAGCCUCCACGACUGUGCCCACCUGCGACCUCAACCACCUCCUCAGCCAAGAGCGCAACAAAAACUUCCGUAUUUUCUGCAAAGACCUCGUCCUCGAAAUCCACUACCUCGACCGCCAAGAGCAGCUCAAAAGCCACAACGACAAAAUCAACAUCAUCACAAGCCAGCAAAUCCACCAAGCCCCCCGGAAACAAGACCACCUCCAAAUCCUCCUCGAGCACUUUUACGACGGAAACAAUCUCGAAAUCCACUUCAUUGUCUGCAUCACCGGGCCCUUCUCCCCCAGCCGGAGCAUGCGGAGCACCGUAUGGAGUGUCUUGCUCGGCGGGUUAUUGUUGUUCGCAGUAUGGAUACUGCGGGAAUGGCGCCGCGUAUUGUUCGACAGGAUGUCAGCCUGCCUUUGGGAUUUGUGGUUGAAGGACGAAAUCCGGGAUUGUGGUGAUGGGUUGAGUAACUGGCCAGGUGUAAGUUGCAAAGCUAUUUUGGUGAAUUUUCAGCAAGAUAUAGAAUAUAUCUUAUAUCCCC